GUCGUGUCAACCCGGAAAUAAAGCCAAGAUGGCGACCAUGGAAGAAGGUUUACACUUGGAGAAAGAUGUCAACAGAGCAAUAGACCUUUUGGAUGCACUUCAGAAAAGUGGCCAAAUUCCAUCCCAGAAGUUAGCAGCCUUACAGAGAGUGCUUCAGAGUGAUUUUCUAAAUUCAGUGAGAGAAGUCUAUGAACACGUCUACCAGACUGUGGAUAUAACAGGGAAUGAGGAAGUCCGAGCGAAUGCUACAGCUAAGGCCACAGUAGCUGCCUUUGCUGCAAGUGAAGGACAUGCCCACCCCAGGGUUGUAGAACUACCAAAGACUGAAGAGGGAUUGGGAUUCAAUGUUAUGGGAGGAAAAGAACAGAAUUCACCCAUCUACAUAUCCAGAAUCAUUCAGGAUGGAGUUGCUGACAGGCAUGGAGGUCUGAAACGAGGAGAUCAGCUGCUCUCAGUGAAUGGAGUGAGUGUGGAGGGAGAACACCAUGAAAAAGCUGUUGAACUUUUGAAACAGGCCAAAGGAACUGUGCGGUUGGUGGUUCGUUAUAAUCCAAGAGUUCUAGAAGAAAUGGAGGCAAGAUUUGAUAAACAAAGGGUAUCCACGAGAAGGAGACAGUCACCAUAGCAAUAAAACAUCAACCGAUCCUAGCAAUUUUACAAGUACCCAAGGAAUAAGCCAGGGAUAUAAUCCAGAGUUGUAGUUUAUUCUUUGUUUAUGUAGAAAGUCAGCAAAAUGUGUAAUGGGGGUUAUUACCAGAUAAUGUUGUAUAUUUGGUUAUCUAUUCGUGUAUGUGACAAAUAAGGUUAGUGAAUCUUGUCUAUGGAUUAAAAUAACUUGUUGUAAAAUCUCAUAUUUUUUACAGUUCCAUUAACAUUUCAUCAUAAUGAAUGCAAUUGAAAUAAU